AUGACUCAAGAGUCAGAAGAUGAAAAUACGGAAUUAGAGGAGGUUGAACAAUUUGAAAAAAAUAGUGAAAUUAAUUCUCUUGUAGAAGUGGACAAAGAAGCAGUAUUAGAAUUAAAUAAUUUAGAUGAAGAUCAUUCAGAUGAAGAAUUAACAGAAAAUAGUUUGGAUGAUAAUCUUGCUAUUACAUUUCAAACUAAAUGGAAAUUAGAAACCUUUUUUGAUCAAAAUUAUUUAGAACAACCAGGAUUCGUAAAUUUAUUAAAGUAA